CACUGCAAAAUACAGAGUGCAUCAUGCAUGUUCUGCAACCACUUUCUAUGUGAGGAAGUUACUUCUCACUUGACAUAGAGACGUGUUUUUUUUUUAUAACCAAAUGUUGUAAUUAUCAUGUGCAUUCAGGUUGUAGGGCAGAUGGUUCGACUUGGUGAUCUUGAAGGUUUUUUGCAACCUUGUUGAUUCUAUUAUUUUACUGUAGAUAUGGUGAUUGUUUACAUGUUCUAUACAAAAAUACAUCUUCAGGGCAGGCAUAAAUUCUAAGCGUAAAGAAAAAUCUGUUGAGGCUGAUAAGAACAAGCUGGAAGACAGUGCAUAGUUUGCAGCAACAACUUUGCAAGUUGUUGGCGUACCUGAGCUGUCCUGUUAGUUCCAUGUUUUCCUGAAGCCACACUUUGUUAAAAAAGUCACCUUAAUGUAAAUGUUUCAGUGCAGUGAAGGCGUGCCUGCCUCAGCCACAGGACGGCAACUUGUGCUUCAGCUUGCAGAAGUGGCAGGUAGAGCAGUUCUUCUCCACUCUUGAUCUGUCCCGCCAGAUCAUAAUUCCAAAAGCUGGGAAGACUGAUGGGAUGAUUCCUUGGGACAGAGCAUGUAACGUGACAGUAGUAUGGAUGUUGUUGGUGUUUGGAAGUGCUUUAGCACUGGAACAUAUAUAGGCUCUUCUGCCGUUACUGUAUUUUCACAUACCUUGUUUCAGGAGUGAAUUGGAUUUUUCUGAGUGUAUUGACUUGGCGGUAGGAUAACAGUGAUUUAAAGUGAACUGUAAGCUUGAGUUCUCUGAAGUGCCCUUCUUUAAGAGCAUUUGACACUAAAAUGUAUUGCUAGAUUCACAUCUAACCUCUUUUUGCAGUGGUCCUAUGAAUGUCAGUACGUAGAAUGAGAAGAACUAGUUGACGUUUCUGGGAGACAAAGGUGUAUUGCAUGCCGUACUGUGGGGAUAUGCAUUGGCUUCUUGCAAGGUGAAGGGAGUUGUGAGGGUCAAUUCACUGUCUUCCAGUGCUUCAUGCAAGCUGUUAAUUUCAAAACCAAAACAUUAAGUUCCAAGAACGGAAGUUUCCAAGCAACCAAUCCCUGCAAACAAAACUACUGUACAAUGAUAUUUACAUCCUUGUUGCCUGGGAAUCCUGCUGCUGCUCCACACCUCACUCCACUUGCUAAAAGCACUGAAUGUUUCUUGCAGCUGCAGGUGGCUUCCAGUCCUGGAAAGACCAAGUCACAAACACAUAGAUCAGAGUUACAAUUCUUGAGUGGCUGAGAUAACAAUGAGUAAUCGAGAGGUGGUCGUUCUGAGUGUGGGAGGUGUGAGAUUUGUAACCCAGGCUUCUACCUUGCAACAGUUCCCUGAGUCCAGGCUGGCACGGAUGUUGAACGGUGAUGACCGGGAAUUUAAACUGGUGAAUGGAGAGUUUUUUGUGGACAGAGAUGGAACUUUGUUUAGCUACAUCAUGGACUUCUUGAGAACUCUCCAGGUCUCCUUACCUACUGAUUUCUCAGAUUAUCAGAGGCUGCAGAGAGAAGCAGAAUUCUAUGAGCUCUACCCUCUGGUGGACCUCCUGAGCCAGGAGCACCUGCUGAAGCCGAGGCUGGAGAUCUUGGAAGUGCGUUUUUCUGUCUUGGAGAUGCAGGCCUUUUUCCGUAUCUUUGGUUCCUGCAGUACCACUGUUGAGACACUAGCUGAACAGAUCAUUGUGUUUACAGGACAGCAGUCAGGACAGAGCUGGAACAGCCCUUUUUCCUCUCAGAAACCACUCGUUCCACUUCCUUUGGAAAGACCUUCUCAUCACGACAUGGUUUUUCAGUGUGGUACUGACUACUCUGCAGGUGACCAGUUUGUGGCCAGGUAUGUUUCCAUAAAGCCUGAUAAUAGAAAGCUGAUUAAUGGUACCAAUGUGCUAGGCCUGCUACUUGACACUUUACUCAAAGAUGGAUUUCACCUCAUAAGCACCAGGACAGUCUCCAGUGAAGAAAAAGUGGAAUGCUACACUUUUGAAAGGAUGAGAAGGCCAGCAGCCCUUACCAUCACGGUGAACCAAAGCCUGGGGAGCUCCGGGGUAGCACAGGCAAGGAGAGGCCAAGUGCAGAAAGGGAAAUAAAGCCUUUUCCUUUCAUCUGUUGAGGGUGGAAGAGGGGUGUGUCAACACUGCUGGCCUUUUUUGUUGAGUUGUUUGAAACUGCAACUAUUGAGGGAAGUAACAAACAAACAAUUUUUUUUCCCCAAGUGUUGGGAUAAAAAAAAAAAAUUGCUUUCCUGCCUUUUACUGCUCCACCCUCUUCAGCUCUAAAUAAAAGAACCACAGAUUCAAUACCGAUUUUGUGGACCAGAUUCCAGCAUUUUCAAGAGUUGUUUUUGUUUAUCUCUGCGGCUAAAAUUGAUAAUAGGACUCACAAAAAACCAGCCCUUUGUUCUAGGAAACUGAUUUUAUGUUCUGUGCUAAUCUGUAAGUAGGUUUUAAAUGUGUGAUAAUACAUGAAGAAUUAACAGCUCGACACUACCAUCAUCCCACCAGUUUGGAGAAGUGGCUGAAGGAGGAAUGCAAACCUCAGCAACUGAAUGUUGCUUCUACUUUUGAAAGAUACACAUACCGUGGUUCUCUUGCAGUUCCCUGAAAGCAGCCUAAUGGAAGCUCCCUGAGUUGUAUUGCUGUGUGGCUGCAGCCAUGAGAACGUGGCUUUGUGAAGCCACCACCAGUGUCCAUGAAAUAAUGUGUUACUGUCUCUUGCAGAAUGCUCCUCUGUUCUCUCCUCCCACUCUGAAGCCAUUAAGCUGCUCUCCAGUGCUGAGAAUUAAAACGAUAAAGGUCUUUGUGAACAAAGGGUCAGUUAACUAUAAAAAGAAUGAAAAUGUGAUAAACAGUCCUUCAGAUGGAAGAGUUAGUACAGUUUUAAACAAGAUAAUAGGAUUUCUUAAAACUUUUUAAGUGCAAAACAUGUUCAGGAGGAAGGUUUGGCAGAAGCGGCUCAAAGUCUUGGGAACGUUAGCCCUGUGCAGUGCUUUGUAAAGAUGCCAAAAUUAGCUCAGGUACCAGGAGAGGUAGAUUAAUGAGGCCAUAUAAAUUAAGAACCUUUUGUCCUUCCUUCAAGACAGGGAAAGAAGACAGCAAUAACUUAAAGGAUUCAUUAUUUGAAUCUGACUUUCGUUGUUGAUAAAACACCAUCCUUCCAAAGUUAAAACCAACUCUUUUGGGCUUUCUUGGCUGACUAAUUAGAUCUGGCUUUUCAUUACCUUUAAAAUGUGUAUUUGUUGCUUAAUUUGCAGCACUUAAGAACGGGGAUGUGUGGUGGGAAUCACACAUCUGUUUCUUGCCCACAGGAGUUUCAGUGAGAUGGGUCUUCCCAGACGGGUGGUGCCACUGUUGGACAUCUCUUUUCUUCUGCCACCGCUGUAGUGAAUUUUAGCUUGAUACAAUUUCAGAGCUUCAGUGGUAUCAACAACACCCUCUUUGCUUGUUCUAGAGCUUCCUGGUUUGACAAUUAUGUGAUGGUGGGACUGCAGCUCCUAAGCUGUUUACAGGUACAUGUUGUACAUGUGGUACAUGUUGAGGAAGGUAAGAGUGGGUGCUUUUGGUUCAAAUGGGGUUUCUGUCAGUAAUGUCCCUAUGUUCAUAUUCGUCUUGUAAUACCGUUUUUACAGUGAGAAUCAUCGCUCACUGGAACAACCUCCCCAGGGUUGUGGUGAAGUUCCCAUUGCUGGAGGUUUCAAGGUGCAAUUGGACAGGGUGCUAGAUAAUCUCACCUGGGCUCCUUUUCCCAUGAAGGCUUGGACCAGAUGAUCUUUUGAAAUCCCUUCCCUGAGUUUGAGGUUGCUGACAGCAGCAUUCAAGUGACACCAGGGACAAGCUCUUGUGAUUGCUGUCCCGACAGGUUGUUGUACUACAAAGACAGUGCUGCUAGUUUUCUAAGUUUAUUUUGAGGUCCAUGUACUGACUUUACAGAAAAGUUCCCAUUCCUCAAAUUGGGAUAAAACUGAAAGCAAUAAUGAUGAGUACUGACUGAGUCAGCAACUAAAUAUUGUUGGCAGAGACUUACCAAUUAUAGCAAGAAACACAAGACAAAAGUGACAACUUUUUACAGGGAAAGGGGAAAAAAAAAGACUUGGGGCUGUAUUUAAACAUCAACCUUAAAUGAUGGCUGAUAAGCAGCAGUGUAAACUGAGACUAGUUUCAGAACCCCUUGUAGUAACAAAAUUAGUCUUCACCUACUGCAGAAGUAGUGAGGUUGUUUUCCUUGCUGUAGCAGCCACUUGGAAAAAUUUAAAAAGCCCUGGAGCUUAUGCCAUUACUCGUGCUCCAUAAAUUGGAGCAAAAUAAAUAUUUGGUACAGCCAUUUCAAUAGCAACUUGUGACAGGCAAGUGCUGAACACUUUCUGGUUUCCCUCAUGGGUUUUUUUUUAUUCAGCACAAACAUAAUUCUAUGAUGUGAGAUUUUGGCUCUGGAAAAAUACACCAGUGCAAGUUCCUGUCCUGUAAAGAGCCAUAUGUGCUUUACCUGGACCUUGUGUAAUGACACACUGUGAGACUGCAUCUUUUUGAAGUGAAGCACAUGACUGUUAGCAAGUUUGGAUUCCCAUUUGGAUUCCCAAAGUUCUCCUAGUGCUUAGUCUUCCUUGGCACUGAACUGAGAGAGGUUACCAGAGGAGGGCCUGGAGAGGUUAGUUGUGCACCUGCAGGGAACAUGACUAGGCUCUUGUUCAGGGCUUUUGGUUUUUUUUGUGUGGUUUCUUUGGUUGUUGUUUUGUUGGGGUUUUGUAACUGAUAGUUGCUUAAGUAAGUUCGAGGGCAUCUGUGUCAGUAAGCUGGCAGACAUUUGAUGGAAGUGCCUGACUGAGACCCGUAGGGUAACGACUUUUAAUUGAAGAUGAUUUUUUUCUUCAAAGGAAAGCACCUCUCUGGAUUUCUUGGUGCAGAAAGUGGAAGCAGCAAUGGUAGAGCUGGUGUAGCUUCAAGCUACAACUAAAUGGCAGAGAUCACAGUGGAAGGCCUGAAACUCUGUUUGCAGACAAAUUAAUGUAAACCCAUCAUCAAUUUACCAGAACUUCAGUGGGCCUGGGUAGCUGCUGCCCUGCACCUUACAAGAUUACUUAGGUUACUGUGAAGUGUUGCUGAACCAGGAUGGCAAUUUUUCUGUGCCUUUUUUGGAGUGGUACCAGUGCAUCCCACAGGCACUGAGGUAGAUACUUAGAAGCAGUAGUGGCCGGUAUUUUUACUGCAUUUUCCCUUUUGAAGUCCCCAACAUGCAGGGAUGCAGCAGAGAGCAAACUGUUGAGAUGUGUCAUCCCCAGGGGGGUUCCCAACAGUACGUUUCCACAGAAGGUAAUGGCUGUACAAGCAGAAGUGAACUUGGCUGGUGGGAGCCCAGGUUAGCUACAAGUCUGUCUGGUCCGGUCAAAAGCAGAUAAUGUGUUGAACAGAACUUUCACCCAAAUCUUGGCAGGCAAGUCAACUCCACUAUCUCACAGUAUGAUCUCUGCUGGACUAGAGUGUACUGAUGGUGACUCGGUCCUGCUUUUGCAUACAGCAAAACCAGGAGCUCUGAUAGCUCACAUAUACUUCUAGUUUUGAUUACACAGGAAGGAGAUUUCGAAACAUUGAAACUUUUUUUUUUUCCCCCAGUAAUUUUGGAAUUUGUGAUCACUGGCAUGAUCCACUUCUUCCAGUCAUUGCCAGCUUUCUCAAGAGAAUUCCUUUUCCCUAGGGAGGUGCAAAAUUUGCUGAUUUCAGCAAACUUACUGCUGCAUUCGUCUUUUUAUUCUUCCUUGGAUUCUGCAAAAAAAAAGGCAAACUGCUCCACUGCCUGAGAUGCUAGGGACUGACUGCCAUAGUACUGGGGGGCAGCCUUCUCACUCUCUUCUGGAGAGUGGUGAGCUCUCUUCUGCUUUUGGACAUACAAGCAGACUCCCAGUACAGUAAAAUCACUGAAGAUUAAAGAAACUAAAAAGGUAAGAUAACACCAUCAUUCUGUCCCAGACAGACCGCAGUUUACAUGGCAGUAGAUAAUUGAAAUAACUUGGUCAUCUCAUCGUUUACUGCUAGACUUGCAAAAUGCAGCUGAUUUGGAAACACAACAUCUAAUUUCUCUUAUAUUUUCUUAUUUUAGUCACUUUCCCCUCACUUACAGUUGACAGACUGUCAAGGGCUUUACCAAUAAAUUCUUGAGGUGCCUGUUGGAUAUCCCAACAGGAUAGAAGCACCACACUUUUUCUACCCCUCUGUUCUUGCACCAUGUUGACUUCCUUUCAUAGUCAUUGAUUACAUUUUUGUGCUUUUAAGUAACUUUUUGUCUGCUUCUUCACAUACUGGGAAGUUCUCUUACGUCCUUCUUAUCAUUUUUGAAGACAUGUCAUUUACCACCUGAAUUGUUCAGGAAUCUGCUGAUAUCAGGGAGGAGAGAGUCUGAUGUGAAACACUGUCCUGGUUUGAGCAAGGAUGAAGCCAGUUUUCCUUUUGCUGAUUUUUUUUUUUUCCCCCUUCAGUAAGCUUUCCUUUAACUAGUAGCAGAGUGUUCCAGCUAGGAAUGAUAAUGGUGGGAUGUUUUUCUAACUGCUGGAUCUUCAAGGUUGCACCUUCACUCUGCCGGCUCAGACACUACGGGGAGAUCUGUGACCCCCCCGUAGGAGGCUGAGUUAGACAGACAGCAAAAUUGGCCAGAGAUAUUCCAUUCCAUAUAUCUAUGUAAGCUCAGAGGAAGGUCAGAGAUCACAGAAGACAACUUCCUUCCUGCUUCUUCUUCCCUUCUCUUCCGUCCAUGGCCGGCGUCCGGGGAGGACUCCGUCCAUCCAGCACCGUCGACCCCCCAGACUUGAGCUCUCCUGACCCUCAUCACUCUCCGCUUUCUCCAGCAGCUCCAGGAUUUUUUUCAGGACUGUUCACAGCUCAGGAGGUGUUGUGGGAGUUGCUGGGGGUGGGGGAGGCAAUAGGGGUUCUGUACAUUUCCUGAACACAUUUGUAUAUAAUUGUAUAUAUAUUUUUUUAUCACUGGUGUUUAAUUAAAGCUGUGUAGUUUAGUUUUCAAUCCAGCAAA